CUUUUGGCUGUCUUUGGCUUGUCUCACAAUUUCUAAACAUCAUUCAAAUUGCAACAUUGCAAAUUGCAACUGCCAUCAUGAAGAGCGCAUCAUCCUGUCUGUUGGUGUUUGUACUGCUGCUGUGUAGUUUCAGUAAAAGCAGAGCUUCCACUUCUUCUUCUCUUCUCAAAUCUCUCCAACAGACUUCCAAGGUCUCCACCAGUGCUAGUGCUGCUAGUGCUGCCAGUGGUGGAUUGCGUAUUCCAUUCUUGAAGAGACAACUCUCAGUGUCUUUAGUGUCUUCAGUCCCCGUAAAAGUUGGUACACAACUUACGCAAGUUACGAAACACGGACAAGCGGCUCUUGGAUGGACGGUACCCAGGCAAUCCAUUACUGCUACUAGUACUAGUACUAGUAGUACAGGAUUCACCCAGUUCAGCCAAAGAGCCACCAGAUUGCAAACUCGGCUUCAAAGAUCUUUUUCUCUCAGAGCCAUCUUUAGUGACGUCAUCACCAACCAUCCUGGGUCUGCUAGUGCUUCUACUAGUGCUUCUACUAGUACUAGUACCUAUGGCACUCACCUACAGAGGAUAGCCACUGGAACCAUCCAAGAAAGUUGGAGUGGUUUUGUAGGAGGAUACACUCUGGCUACUUCCUCUGCCAUUGCCAGGAGACUACUCUCUUACACCAGGCCCACCUUGGCCUCUACUAUGCACAGUACUACUUCCACUGCAGCCUACUUGGGCACUUCACCAGCUGCUUCCAUCAACCAAGUCCUACCAUAUUCUUCGAUACUAUCAUUCUCACAACAGACUCUGCAAAUGCAUUCACAGUCAUUACAGUUUGGAAUUGAAUGGGCACAAAUGUCUGCCGUAUUUGGAGCUUCCAGGUUGAUUGUACAGACCAUUCGAAAAAAAGACGAUGAAUGGAACACUGUCGUUGGAAGUGCACUAGCUGGAUCUGUAUUUGCUUGUUUGCCAAAACCAACAAAACCACUACAUGGACUUAAUCCAAUUUCAAGAGCCAUUCCCUUUGGCGCAAUGACACGAGGAGCCAUGCUAUACGGAUGCACCAUGUUUCUAUUGCAUCCUACGCUGUGGAAGGAUGGCAUGCACAAAGCAAUGCUCUUGCCACCAACUACACCACCAUCAACAGCAUCUACAACAACGUCACAACCUGAACCGCCAAUCACACUCACGGCAAAUCGGUUUCGAAAUCAACCCAUGCAAUGGUGGGACGGGGGAAUCCAGUAGUGUCCACGCGACAACGAUUGGAUCACAAGCAAAUAAUGAGCAAACAACAACAAGGCGCAAACGCACAACACAUGACGUUGCUGGCAAUUUUCAUCACUCCGCCAGAUGCCGCCAUACAUCAUACAUGAUGUACAUACAUCCAUACUUCAUUCAUUCAUUCAUUCAUUCAUCCAUGCUACUUUAAAAUUAUGUACUCUAUAACUAAAUAACUAAAUAAUGUAACUUCCAAACAAACAACUACAAUGACAUCUAUGCUG